UUUAAAUACCCUCAAAUUAAACCUGAGAGACUGCACGUUCAGCCCACUAUAUCUAUACAACGAUAGCUUGAAUAUGUUUUGGUAAAUACCUAAAAAAAAAAACUAAAAUUGUGCCUGUGUCCAAAUAUAUAUGGACCUAUCUGUAUGUUCUUCCAAUAAGUUUUUCCACUAGCAUUUUGGAAUGUUGCUGUAAAGACUGUUGUUCAAUUCAGUGAUGGCAUGCAGUCGGUAUUCUAAUUCAUCACACAGGAACUGAGGUCUGGGCUCGGGUUCAGGCCACUUGACUGCUUCUAAUCAACCUCUGCUUUCUGAUACGCGCUUUGUGCACAGGAGCAUUGUCAUGCUGGAACAGGUUAAUUCCAGCGAAGGGAAAUCAUAACACUACAAUAUGUAAAGAUAUUCUAGACAAGUACAUAUCUCCAACAUGGUCUGUGGUACACAAACCUUUGCAAUAUAAUGUAUAUAGAGAAGUCAUAAAUGGUAAAGAUUCCUUUGAAAGACACUCCACCUACCUCUACAUUUACAACCUAUCAACUCAUGUGAAAAAAAAAUUGGAAUUAAUUUUCCAUUUUGCUAAAAAAUACACCAUCUUGUCCUUAUGUGCAUCUGUGUGCAUGGACACAUGGAAGGAUGCCCUCCCCAAUCAGAAAAUCAUGCUCUCUGACUCCCUCUGACAGAUUUCUAAAUCAUUUGACCUGAAGCACAUCAUCUCACACAAAGCCGAACAAGGACCUGCGGCAAAUAUUGGGAUCUCAAAAGAACCAGCAGGUCAGUUGCAACUUUGUUGUAAUUACAGGGGACAGGAGAAAAAAUAGGAAGAUUUUUAUUGACGCUCAGAUGCAGGAGCACAGGAUAUAAUUCAAUACAAGUCACUAUACAUUCAAAUAUUUAUAGACCGACUAAUAAAAAGAAAUGCGGCGUUAAACUAAUAAAUAUGUUAUACAAAUGAUUCAUGACGUAUUAGGAAAUACAUGCUAUAAGUGACUCACCUGAAUAUUUCUGUUUAUCCGGAUAAGAUCUAACAAAUUUUAUGUAUGCGUAUGUAAUACUUGCUUAUAAAAAAAAUCUAAUGAGAGGGUGGCACAGUGUGUUGUAACUUCUUAAGACUGUAAAAAUAUAUGGUUGAUUACACAAUGUCUCUGAAGGCUGAGCCAGUACAGCUGACCUCUUUUCCCUUUUAACUCAGUCAGCCUUCCUACUAACAUGAAAGCAUUUCAAAGCAGCAGACAUUCAAACAAGUCCCAAGCUUUUGUAGUACUGCCUCCGCUGCCCGACAUUUUAAACUUAAAAAUCAUUCACAUGCACUUUCAAAAACAACACUUUCAGAGUGCCUGAGUAUCUGAGCAGACUUCCGUCUACAAACCGAGGUUUUUUUUAUAUACACUGAUUUGCCAAUCAAAAAAACUGGUAUACCUAAUAAAGUAGCAACUGCACAAACAAGCUUUUUUUUUAUUUAUUAGGACUGAUAAUAUAUAUUCUGGCUGAUGUUUCUUUUUUUAUUCAUUUUUAUUGUUCCCUUCCUUUUCCACAAAAGUCUUAAGGCUACAUCUAUAAGGUAUAUAUAUCUCUUUCCAUCUGUAAUCACUGACAAGGAAGCCAUCUCAGAUCUUUGGGAAGAUCUAUGGCUGAGAGGCAGGACUACAUGGAGGAUGGAAGCCCGCUUAUCAAGGCGGCUGAGUUGGGAAAGGUGCGUCUGGUUCGGCUGCUGGUGGAAGGUGGCGCCCAAGUUAACGAGCGUAAUCAACGGGGUGAGACGCCUCUCCUAGCCAUGUGCCGAGCACUGAGGACUGACCAGUCUGGAAACUCUACCUCUCUGAGGCUUAUCCGUUUUCUUCUCCAGCACCAUGCUGAUCCCAACGCUCAGGACAAGUCUGGGCGUACACCCCUCAUGUACGCUUGUAUGGAGCGUGCCGGAGCUGAGGUGGCUACAGCCUUGAUUUCUGCUGGAGCUGACCCUAGCAUCGAGGACUAUGUUGGAGGUUCUGCACUGGUCUACAGCAUCAAUGCCCGUGACCAGGAUACUAUCCGCGUGCUCCUUGAUGCUUGCAGAGCUAAGGGGCAUGACAUCAUCAUCAUAUCCACAGAUCUCAGCACAGGUGGUGCCACCGUUAGCCGACGUUAUCUAAACGUGCCUCCAUCACCCGACACCUCGCCUGUCGCCUGCAUGUCCCCUUCCGAUAUCGAGCUCAAGACAGGCUCACCAAACUCUGAGACUGAAGGAGAGGGUAUCUUCAACUUCAGAGCUUCGGGGAGGAAGGGGAGCAGAGCAGCUUCUCCUCUGUUUCUAGAGCCGGAGGCAGCCGACCGCCAGCGGCAAAGUUCAGAACCCUGGCUAGCCAUCCACAACUUGGCACACCUCAGUCGCACCUAUGAAGAAAGGAUUUCAAAGAGAGCUGUGGAGGAAGAAGAGGAUAAAGAGGUGAAGCACUGCAGCCAUGAUUCCUUAGAUUGGCAAGUGGAUCAGAGUAGCUCCUCUAAAGCCGCUAACCUCAAACCUGGCAGAGCGUUUUGCAGAAACCACACAGAGAACUUUGCUCCACCAUCUCGAGCACAUCUACACAAUCGACGCAACACUCUACCUGAACUGCCAGGACAUCAUUUACUCCAGCUUCCCACCCUAUCACUCAAUCUCUCCAGUUCAGACACACACCUACAUGACCAGCCCAGCACUAUAACACUACCACCAGUUCCUACCAAAAGGAACCUCCAGCAUUCUUCAAACAACACUAGUUCUUGCUCUCUAACAGCUCCAACUGCUCAAUGCGGAUUUAACACCAUAAGAAAAUGGAAACCACAGGAGCAGUUAAGUUUCAAGCCCCAGGCACGUAAUACUACCUUCCUGCCUCCUCUCACAGUCAGCUCCACUGCAAACAUAUCCACUCGCUCCUGUUGUGACGAGGCAAGUGCUGCUCCAAAAGCUGAACCGACCCAAGGCCAUAAGCAGGAAGGCGCAAGGGGCCGGAGACCUCCACGUCGCCACUCCAUUCAGUUGGAGCAGAUGAGACAGGAAGGUGUUACUGAUGAGACCCUUUUUGUCUUGUGACAUGGGGAAAAAACUGAAUACCACAAGUAAAACUGACAAACAGAAAAGGACACAACACACAUACU